CUCGCCCCGAAUUCCUCCCAAAGAAGAGCUUUCCCGGAAUGACGGCCGCUCGUGUCAGUGUGGGUGGGUGGGAACCAUCUUUUCAACGGUCACACGGUCCGUUCCAAAGCUCAAGAUCUAGAGUAGUGCUGCAUCCAACUUGAAAAAAAGUGAAAACUUCCAAAGACCGAUAUUAAGACCAGCUCACCAGUAAACAAGAGUUUUUCCAGAGUAGCCACCAGACUAGUCCUUUUUAGACCGUCACACUCUACAACGGCCACUCGGUCCUAUUUCUAAUUCAGGGCCCCGCAGGGUCCUGCUAUCAACCGCUGUAACAAUUUUUACUCAUUUUGUUUCGAAAAUGUGCCUUUGCAACAAUUUGAAACCAUCCAAAGCGCCAGUUUUCAUACUUUCAUAUAGUAGCAUAGUUCUGCCACGAGAUUGUGAGGUAGCUAUUGUGGUACUUAAACAUCUAUCUUAAUAAGCGAAGUUUUGCUCAAAAUAUUAUUUCAAAAUUCGAAAUUUCCUAUUAAUACCAUUGCGAUAAUUUACAUUAUCAUCCCGUUUUUUUGUUUUGUUGUUUGGUUGUUUGCGUAAGUGCCCACAGCAGCCAUUUAUUUGCUAAAUAUCUAUCUCGAGUUUUUGAGCGGUUAUCCUCGAACAUUUCUGAGAACUUUUUCUCAGUAGCCUUAAGUUUCCUUGAAAAAACAUAUUUUGAUAAUAAUAAUUUAUUGUAAUGCUGAUUUCAGAAAAAUGCAUAACUUCCCUGGAAAGUUUAGACUAUUAUCGAGAUAGCUACCAAGUCUCGCGGCAGUUUCAAACACUAACGCAAAAUUUUGCGCUAAAAUGUUUUAGGGAAAAAAUAUAAAAUAUCUAGAAAAUAUCAUGUCUUGCUGAAAUGUUUUCAGAAAAAUGUACACAUUUCUUGAAAAGUUUACAGUAUCAUCGUAACAGUUACCUAGCUAUCUCGUGGCAGAAUUAUGCAACCAUACUUUCAUAUUCCUACUUUCAUUUGCGUACCUAGCAAUUAGAGAAGGUAACUACAUUAUUGUUACUAUUGGCACAGGCUGUUCAAAGCUCAUUUAUACCAAAUACAAAUAUCAGUAACAUUAUUACAAAUUUUAAAUGCAGUACUCGGCGGGCACCUGAGUUUAACCACCGAUCUUCCGUAAGCCAGCUGGAUGGUCUGUGGUUCUACCAGAUGCCCGUCCGUGAUGAUGUAAUGCUCAGAGGGGCGGGCCCUUGGGGUCUUCCUCGAUCAUCAAAGCUGGACAUUAGCCAUAUGAAUUGUAAUUGUGUCGGUGCAACGUUAAAAUAUUUUAGACAAAAAUGCAUUAUAAAAGAAUGCAUCCAUAAGAUACAAAAAAUAAGGUGUGUCUUUCUAUUCAUUAAACGAUAUCACUAAAUCGCAGUAGGAUUAUAAUAACACAAACUGAAAAUCCAAACACUUAACAUACAAAUAUACAAUAAAACCUCCACUGUAAACGAAUGAUAUUAAUCGGUUCUUCGAUGAAAGAAAAGACACAUAAUACACUAAAAUAAAAAAUAAAUGACACAGAGCUAGAAAAUGUAACAUUGCAAAAUGUGUAUUUAUCUAGAUAAUACACUAAAUUGGCAUACUCAGAAAGACAAUGUAUUUUAAAACUUAUUGCAAAAUUGUACUUCUGAAAACUAUCACUCUUUAUUUAAUAGCGAAGAGCAAAUUGGUGUACUAUUAUGCAUGUAUUCUUCCUAUUCUCGAUUAUGGUUGUACUAUUUGGAAAAAGAUACAAACUGUUAUUCAAAUGUAUAAAUAAAGUGAAAGUAAUACAAAAUAGAGCGGCCAAGAUUAUAAUUAACAGACCGAUAAUGUCACCUACAUUAACACUUUUUAAUGAUCUAAAAUGGCUUAAAUUUUGUAACAGGGUAAAAUAUAACACAGCAGUGAUGGUUUACAAAUCUAUGCAUAAUACAUGACAUGCCUGACGUAUUGUCUCAAAUAUUAAAUGAAUUGCGUGUAUAUGAUAUUCAGGUACAUCAAAUACUUUCAUUAAAUUGUCAUUUACUUUAUGCUAUAUUUUUCAGAAACUUUAAGCUAUAUUUUUCAGAGAGACUCACUUAUGUAAGCGGGAUGUCAGUAUUUAGAAGGAUCAUCAAAUGAUUAGCAAGAGACUUUCAAAGCCAGCUAGUCUAAACACUUGGCCAUAAAACGGCUUGACAUUAUUCUUCCUAUUUUGUCGAUACUACACUGUUGCAUUGUAUACUACUUGAGUGGCAAGUUUAUUUAUACGAAGUGAUCAAUGCUGUAAAAGAAACGAAAAUAACUUCUAUCACAGGUUCUAUGAAACUAUGUUUAUUGAAAGAAUAUGAAAGAAGUAGAAAAAACUCUUGACUUUUCAUGUCUGAGUGACUUGCUUUAAAAUCUGACAUUGACGUUGCUAACGUUUGAUAGAGUAGAAAUGGCCUAAGCCCGAGAAGAGGGCCAUCAGUUUAACAUGUUUAUUAUAUUCAAAAGUGUCAAAUCAUGGUGCUUUCCUAGAAAUCAGAGAUGUCCACGACAUUAUGGAGUUGCACGAAACUCCAUAUAUUUGCCAAUGCUUUACACACUCUUUGAUUGAAUUCCGCACCUAAUGGCUCAUUUCAUGACAAUUUAUCAAAGUUUCAUAUUUUGUAGCGAUUUCUCUCGAAAACUUUCAUAUUUUCUUCAAAAUUUAUUGAUUUUCAACCUGAAAAUGGUUAAAAUACCGAAGCAAUAAGUAAUAUUUUUCUUUUUAUGCAUUUGUCCUAUAAUAAUAUUAUUUUCAAAACUGAUGAUUAAAUUAAGUGCAUUGCAAACAAAAAAUCAUAUUUAUAACCAAAGAUGAGUUUUGCAUGCAAAAUUAAGUGCGUGGGAUAAUUUAACAUGAAAAAUAGGAAAACUUAUUUAUGUUGUAAAUAAUUACCAAUGCAUGACCGUAUGUAAAAUAGUGACUUCGAGUAGUCAUAAUUUACCCAAACACUUGUACAUUACUGACAUUAAUCAUAAAAAUAUUGUUAUUAUUAAAACUAUACUGGUGUUCGAUUAGAGGUUAUGGAAAGUGCAACACGCAUAAAAAAUAACUCAUAAUUUAUAUUUAUAUUUUGUUUAAAUUAUGUUUGGAUGUCUUAAUUCAGUUCGAUAAAAAGACGAUUAUUAUACUCGAACUACCAUUUUUAAAUUUGUGUGGAUAUAGUAAAAUAUCAUUUUAGUCAAGGUCAAAUGCAGCACCGAUCCUGCAAAUGGCUAAGGCCUAUACGAGUUAGUGAGUAAUUAAAACAAACCUGUUUAGAACUAGUCCUUUUUAAAGUAACAUUGUUAACAUUAAAUAUUAUUCAGAGAGAAAGGAAGCAGUUCUAGGCUUACGGUGAUAGUUUAAUAUUUACAUAAAACACGCGAACAGCCAUAUGGAAAGAAAUAUUCAGAUUUACAUAAAAUUUGGUAAAAAGCUAGCGAUGUAAUAUGAAACAAUAUUUCUGCUCUCCACUAUCAUUUAUCUUCUGUGUAAGCUCAAAUCAAUAUUGUGCCAUAUAAUCAUAUAUUUUACAUUCGUUUAUUAAAUUUAACCAGAAAAUCGUGUCGUUUUAGACUUUGUCCUCGAUUUAGUAUAUUUAAUUGAUAUACUUUGCCAAUUUGGUCAUUUACCAACUGGUUUUUGUUUUUAGUUGCUAUAUGCUUACCGAAUUGCUAUCUUUUCUGGAGAUUUGUUUCAAUGAUUUUUAUUCUUUAAAUUUCGCUUUGCUAUUUUAUGUUGCAAACUAUUUUGCCUUCAGAAAUAUGGGUGUGGAUAUAGCAACAUACCGUAGCAGAAUAGGUUGCUUUGGAGGUGUUCGUUUAAAGACAGUUGUCGUAUGUAACCAGUGCACUAUGGAUCUCAACAUAGACGGAACAAUAUUCUUCAUUGCAACGUUGCUACUUAUUGCAGGAAUAGAGCCUAACCCAGGACCUAUGAAAUCCAUAGACGCCGUAGAAAGUAAACAAUCUGCGAAAGAGGAAGCUUUUGAGCAACUUUUAGGAAAAUCAAAAGCAUCCAUUGCUGCUUUUAAAAGACCAUACGUUGAAGUAAACGAGGCUUUAUUGCAAAAUGCAGACAAUCGUUUAAAAGUACAAAGGGUCGUCAUUAUAACCGGGAAAAGAAAAAGUGGAAAGACAACAAUGGCAAUGGAAUUAAUCAAACUGAUUGGUACGGAUAAAAAUAUUUUAAUGCUUGACGACGCGAGUCAGUUGGAUCAGUUGAACUAUGAAAAUACAGAGGCAAUUGUGAUAGAAGAUAUUGGUGGCGUUCGUCCUUUUGAUGAACUACAAGUUAAGACGUGGGCGAAUAAAUUCGAGACACUAUACUCUUUAGCAGUAUAUGGGAAAAUAAAGAUCAUAAUCACAAUCGACGAGGAACUGUUUGAUAAAGUUUUCAAAGAAUGCCGUCACCCCCUUUUUGCCAAAAGUAUUGUUACACUUCCAGAGCAACGCAGACAGGAUAACGGAAGUCCGGCAGAAAUAGAAAGACAAAGUGAUGUAGUAUAUUUCCGUACGGAAGAAAGACCGCAGGCAACAACCUUUGAGCAAUGGGAGCCAAAAUGUGUUGUUCCAAAGAAAGAGCAGUUCGUUCAUUAUUCUGCGUCUGUGAAAUGUUGGCCCAGAGUCUACAAGUCACAACAAAUUAUUAGAGAUUUGGUGGAAAGAUGUUCAUAUCUUGAAAAUAAGUUUAAAUUGCGCGUAACACAAUACGAAUAUCUGUCUGAGAUAGAUAUAUACAUAAGUAGCAGAGUAAAUCUUGAAUUUAAGUCCUUGCUAAUGCGACCCGACCAAUUUGAAAGAAAGGGAACAGUCUGUCUUGAUGUUACGCAGAGAACUUUAAAAGACCAGCCAUUUCCAUUACGACAGAAUGUUUCUGGUUUGUUAAUUCACGAAAAUGCAAUUGAGCUUAUUCAAGAAGUGUCACCAAACAAGAUGCAUAUGGUCGUAGCAUCUUCAUCGGAUACGAACCCGUCACACAAUCUAGAGCCGAAAAGGGUAAAAUUUGAACUAACCUCCCUCCUCGAGCGUGUUGUGUUUGAUAUACUGACAGCAGAAUUUAACACUUUGAAACAGUUAUACGAGAACAGUAUGCCUCAAACCUUCUCUGAUCCUUCCUCGUUUUUGUCUCUCUCGGAAUGGAAAGCAGGAGAGAGUAUGACACCAAGUUUAAAGGACAUGGUAAUACAGCACAAAAAUACUAUAGAACAGCUGCUCGGGGAAAUGAUUGCAUUGUUCAAUCGAAGCAAUAUCGAAGAAAUCAAACGUCCGGCCAUGUUAGGAUUUGAGAAGAAACAAGUUAGUAAAGAGGUAGUUAAGCAACUAUUUCGUCUUGAUGACACAAUACGUGGAUGUGGUUAUAGUUACAGUACCUUUAACGUCAACGUUGAAUAUCUUCCUGAUCAAGCAAAAACUAUUAAACGCCAAAAAGGUAUAGAAGACUUCUUAGAACGCAAUGGUAUUACGAAUGUAAAAUUUAAUAUUGUUUCAAAACGAGUGACUGAAUAUAAAAGUGUUGGGGCUAUGGUAAGCACGCCUACUAUAGGUCAACCAGAAGGAUAUCGAUCUGGGACUCUUGGGGGUUUCGCAUCCUUGAAUAAAGCAAACAAAGUAACGUCUUGUGCGCUUUUUUCUCGGCACGUUGCAUUGGGCUGCAAAUUGAAAUUGUACGUCGAUGACAAUGGACAAAGGAAAGAACUUGGCGAGAUUUUAGAAGAUACUUUACAAGACGGAAGUUAUGAUAUCGCUGCUGCAAAAAUACACGCGGAGCAGGUUUCGAACUGUGACGUUGAAUUUAAGAAUUCAGAAAAUACGCCACGUCCGGGAAAACUUUAUACAGCAACAGCAAAUAUUAAUCUGCAGCAUCUUCCAGUCCACUUGUGGGGUUCACAAUCGAAACCAGGGCUUGGCAUAAUAAAAAUACCAGAAUUUAGCUAUGCAGAGGCGACUGAGAUAUACAUAGAGAUAGAAGAUAGAGAUCCAAGUGGUGAGCAAGCAUUUCAACGAAUGGCUGUUGAAGGUGAUAGUGGUGCCAUUGUUUGCGCCGAUGAUCUUGAUGACGAAAUCGUUCAUGUGAUAUCAAUGCUAAUGGGCUCAAGCAAUUAUGAGAUGCACAGUGAAGAUUCGAAUGUAAAAGCAAAAUACAUGUCCUUUCCAUUGCACAAAGGAGUGGAACAUUUGCAAAACAAAACUAAUGGUAUAUUUUCAUUAGAGGGGAUAGUCAAUGACUCAGAAAAUGACACAGAGUGAUAACGCCGUUUGAUUUCUUAACUCGUUUCUUAUUUUGGUGCAUUAAUAGUCGUUAAGUCUUAAAACAAACGUUCUCAUUCGAUUAGCAGUGAUUUGUUUUAUGAUAUAGACUGAUCAAUUUUGUGCAUUAGUCUCAAUUCAUUCAUUAAUAGAACGGUCAUAUAAUAUGAGCAUUGGAAUAUUUCAAACUCUAGAGGCAAAAUUAUGUUUUAUUUUUAUAAAUGAUGGGUUGAGCUUAAUUUGUAAUCAGCAGGUUUUUCUUGAUGAAGAGCUAAUAACAAACAUAUAUUUUAUAUCAUCUUUUAAAGCAUCUCAGACAUGAAUAAACAGACUCUAAUUCUGUAUUUAUUUGGCAAAGGGGCCACCAAUGUAUAAACAAAUAAAGACUGACUUUACUUGAAAAGUAAUUGUCGUAAAAUGGUGUGUUUACUGUUACUUUGGAUUAGACAAAUGUAAAAUUGUAUGCUUUAAUGCCAAAUUUUAAUUUAAGAUGUGGAGGGAUUAUUGUCUGUAUCAGAAUUAAUAUAUGCCCGGCGUUUUUGAUUGUCUGUACAGACACAUUGUGGUUAAUGGAAUAUUGAACUUAAGAAAAUAUAAUUAUGUAUUUUUUAAAACAGUUAUUUGUUGAAGCAUGAUAAUUUUGGAUAUCUUUUAGGUGUUUAAGAAAAUUCGAUUCUGUUAUAACUUAGAUUUCUUUACUUACGCAUAAAAAAUGUCUGAACAAAUCAGGUAACUUAAAGAUAACUUUUUGGCGAUCUGGAGUAGUUGUUUUGCUGCUUUUUACACAAAGCCGUAUUAGUACACGUACAUCUAGGCACUCGAGACAAUUAGAUUAAGAGUACACUUGUUUCGAAAUAUCGCUUUUACUGACAUAAAUUAUAACGAAUAUCUUAAAGAAGCAUGUCUUGUGCAUACAUUGUCAGAACUUUAAGAGAACGUUUUUCCGUGACGUCAACUGUGAUUUACAAAAUAUAAAUGGAAUUCCUUAAGGGGUAUGUUUACUGAAAUUAUAAAUUGUACAUAUAAAUCCCUACGCGUUGAAAUCUUAAAAUGUGAUUGUAGAAGGCGCAGCUGGAAUUAUAAAAGUUUUAUACAUAAAUGCACAUAGAAUUGUUGCUAAAUCCUCCUUGAAUUGCUAUGUAUCAGUCCGUAAAUGUACAUACCGUUGCUACCAAAUUAAUCUGCCUACGAAAUUUAGAAAUCUUUGACAUUAGUAAUAAGACGUUCCCGUUUAAGCAUCUAUUUCUUUUUCACCAAAAUCUCUAACAGAGUUAAUAUUGAAUGUUAUUGCAGACACGUGUUUAGUGUAAAGAUAGAUGUAAUAUCCGAAUAUGUUAUAAUUAUAAUACCAUUACAAUACCCAUUUACCUUAUAAUUAUAGAUGUUUUCAUUACUUGUCAUGGUAAAGUCGUUACUUUUAGUUGUAUCUUAUACAGAUAUAUAGUAUAGAGGAAAUUUCCAAAUAUGCUAAAUAGAGAUAGAAAAAUAUAAUAACAACUUUAUUAUACCCGUGUAUUAUAUAAUGAUAGAUAUUUCCCCUAUUUGUUCAUGAUAUAGCUGCUAUUGUCAGUCAAAUCUUAUACAGAUAUAUAUUUUCUUCAAACUCAAUUUCUUUAUUUCACUCAGAUCAUGCAAAUAUACAUGACAAUAUGAGGUAAUAACACAAUUAUAAAUGAUAUACAAGGCUGAAGAAAACAAUCAUUACAGUGCAUAUAUAUAUAUUUCAUAAGACAUAUGGCACAUUGCAAGUAGACAGUUACUUGAUAAGCAACUUGCUAGGCAUUAUGAAUUGUAUUUGUUUCUUUCUAAAAAACACGAUAUAGCCACUGUCUCUUAUUUUGAAGACAUAAUAAGAUACCGAAAUGUUUAGGCAUAUAUGAAAUAAAGAAUUUAUACAAUGCAACAUUUUGAGUAAGGUGUUUCCGGAGCACCUGCGAAAGCCAUAGAAAGCAAAUACUUCAUUACUUUUUAAGAGUUCCAGGAUGUUAACUAUCUUAAUUUAGGAGAUAAAGUUAGACAAUUGAGAAUGAACCAUAUGCAUAAGAUUUAUUACAGGAAUAUCCCUGCCUAUAUUAGAGAAAAUUUCACUUUCUGUAGUGAGGCUAAUAUUCGCUCUAGUGGUUAUAACUUUGUUUUACCUCAUCCAUUUCUGUAUUACUGAAUGUGAUGUUAUGUUUGUUGAUCAGUAGUGAUAGUGUAAUAUUAUUUUAUUGUCUAGUCAUUUUAAGUAUGCCUACUUUUAAUCCCGUUUUAAACCUAAAUCUUGACAAAGAAUUUCAUUUUUUAUGUAUUAUUUAUUUUUUUAUAUAAACUUUGGAUAUGUCAAUUUUACCCAUGGGCCCCAUUGGAAAUAAGCUUUUAGCUAAAUGGGUUAUCCAUAGGAACAUAGUACAAUUUUUCUUUACUUUUAGCAGUCAUCUCCCUUUUGGUCAUAAGUAAAUGUAUGCUAUGAAAUUAGGUUUUAUGCAAACUGUCUAACUUGUUUUAAUGGUAAUUCUUAAUAUUUGCCACUUUUGUCUUGUGUACUAUUUCCUAAAAUAAAUAAAUAAAUAAAUAAAUAAAUAAUAAUCAACACCAUUUUUUGCAAGUUUAUUGCUUAUCAUCACCUGUUUAUUAGGGGACUAGGCUAAUUUAUUACUCUCGAUGAUAGCAGCGGAAGCACUGCGUCUAUACAAACAGCCAAUUUCCCGAAUAUCUUAUCAAUUUAUAAUCAAAUACAAAUGUUGCCAGAUCCAUAGUCUGUAUGAAAAAUAAAUAUUUCAUCCAAACAUUCUUAUUCUUUACGUUAUUUGUAGAAAAUCACAUGACAGUUAUUUGAUUCUAUGAUAACAUCAAUUUUAAAUUAUGGAUGUGAAAUAUGGGGUUUUCAUAGAGCAUCCGAUAUAGAAAGAAUACAAUAUUAAGUUUUUAAAACAUAUUUAAAAAGUUCGCCAACAGACAGCUAGCGCCGCAAUUUACGGUGAAUUUGGACGAGUUCCAUUUCUAUGUAAUUCGUAAAAUAAGACUGAUUAAAUAUUGGUUCAGGACUAUAAAAACCCCAGAUUCUUUUGUUUAUAAGUUAUUUGAUCAACGUGAUAAUCACGGAAGUUUUGUUAAUAAAUGGGCCAAAAGUAUCAAACAACUAUUAGACAAUUUAGGAUUUUCUUAUCUAUGAAUUAAUGCAGAAGUUUCGAAUUUACAUAUUCAAAGUGUAAUUAGAAAUAUAUAUGAUCAAUAUUUACAGCAAUGGUUCUCAGAAAUUAGAAAUUUACCUAAACUCCAAACAUAUUGUACAUUUAAGAAUAAUUUUGAAUCUGAAAAGUAUUUGAGUUGUGUAAAGUAUGAUAAAUAUAGAAUUGCUUUAUCUAGACUUAGAUGUUCUGCUCACAAUUUACUUAUUGAAGAGGGAAGAUAUAGAAAUAUAGAAAGAAACCAAAUAAUAUGUAAUAAAUGUAAUAUGAACUGCAUCGAAAACGAAUAUCAUUUUCUCUUAGUAUGUCCUUAUUAUAGACAGCUCAGACUUACUUAUUUACCAAUACAUUACUGCCACUGGCCAAGUUUGGCCAAAUUUAAAUCACUAUUGAAUUGUUUGAAUAGUGUGAUUAAUAAAUUAGCUAAAUAUGUCUAUGAAGCUAACAUUCCUCGAGGAGAAUACCCUCGUAGUAAUAGAAACUUUUCCUAUAUCAAUUUCUAUUUGAAUAUGUAUAAUGUAUAAUUUUAAUUGUGCAAAUACUUCCUUUAUGUUGUAAUGUUGCAAUUACUAAAGAUUUUGCUCAUUCAAUCGUGUUUACAUAUUAUAUUUAAUUUCAUAAUUUCAUGCUUUUCUCUUUCAUAUUGUGUUGUACGCCACUUUAUAUUGGCGGUGAACAUUUUUUUGUUUAUGCCAAAUAAAAUAUUGAAUUGAAUUGAAUUGAAAGUAUUUAAAUGUAUAAUUAUGUUUAUAUUGUUUGACAAAAAAUGUACAGUUUACGUCAAUAAAUUGUUCUGUU